AUGACAAACCUUGUGCUUAUCAUGGUUCACUUUUGCUUUCUCAAUGCCAUAACCAUUCUUUCCUAUGUCACAAACACAUCUUUGCAAUCUAACGGUCCUUACUCCCCUCCAUAUAAUCCCUCUGGAACUAAAGCCAUCCUCACUUGGAACUACUUUGGUCCUAAGGGUGAAUCGGGAAAAUCCAAAUGCGACAUACAGUUUCAUCCCUUACCAGAAAGAGUGGUGGCCUUGUCCACCGGAUGGUACAACAACAGACAGAAGUGUGGGAAAAUGAUCAAAAUCACGGCUCAGAACGAAAGAACUGCAACGGCAAAGGUGGUUGACGAGUGUGACUCCGUGAAUGGCCAGCCACCAUGCAAGGAUAACAUUGUUGAUGUGUCUAAAACUAUUUGGUAUGACUUGGGACUCAAUACUGCUGAUGGUGAAGUCCCGGUAACUUGGGCCAUGGUCUAA